AUGCUAAAAGCAAGUAUCAAAUCCAAGCACGGCGAAGAUAAAUUCGAGGUGUCUAAAGAAGGCCUCUUAUCGGAAGCGAUGGAUAAGCUACGCGAAGUAAUCAAUGCGAAAAUGACACAAUAUUGCGAGAUAGAAAAGGCGGCAGAAAAAGAAAAUCCAGACGCUCCAGCGGACAAGAAACGAAAGAAGGAAUCGGUGGAAUCGGAAGAGUAG